UAGCAACGGGGCCGGGGGGCUCCCCCUUAGCAACAGGGCCGGGCCCGGGGGGCUCCCUCUUAGCAAGGGGCCCGGGGGGCUCCCCCUUAGCAACAGGGCCGGGCCCGGGGGGCUCCCCCUUAGCAACGGGGCCGGCCCCGGGGGGCUCCCCCUUAGCAACGGGCCCGGGGGGCUCCCCCCCAGCAGUGAGGACAGGCCCAAGGGGCACCCCCUUAGCAAUGGGUUGGGGUCCUGGGGUCACCCCUUUAGCAACGGGGCCCGAUCCGAGGGGCUCCCCCGUCACCACGGGCCCAGCCGCGGGGGGUUCCCUCCUAGCCGUGGAGCCAGCCCCCAAGGAGCCCCCCAGAGCCGAGGGGGUCCCAGGCCUGGCCCUGCUGCAGCCCCCCCGGUCCCGCAGCGGUCCGGGCUGCCCCCGGGACCCGGUGCCGUGUCCCCCGGGUGCUGAGCGGGGCUGUCGUCGUGGAGGAGACCCCGGAGGGCAUCGGAGCGGGGGCGGGAGCUGCCCCCCGGGAGCUGCGGUGCCCGCCGUGCUGGCUGCGCUGGCCUCCUGCUACCUGAGGGACCACCUCUCCAAGGAGGAUGCUCUGCUGGAGGCUGUGAGGGUCAACAACGUGUCAGAAGUGAAUAGGUUGCUGCAGGAGGGCACAGAGGUGAACGCCAGGCACAGGCUGGGCUGGACAGCACUCAUGGUGGCAGCCAUCAGCAGGAACUCCAGCGUGGUGAAGCUCCUGCUGGCAGCCAAGGCAGAUCCCAACCUUGGAGACGAUUUCAGCAGCGUCUAUGAGACAGCCAAGGAAAAAGGCCUCCAUUCUUUGGAAGUCCUGGUGACCCGGGAGGAUGACUUCAGCAACCGCCUGAACAUCCGAGCCAACUUCAAGGGCUGCACAGCUCUGCACUAUGCUGUGCUGGCUGAUGACUACCUGACUGUCAAGCUGCUGCUGGAUGGAGGUGCCAACCCCCUGCAGAAGAACGAGAUGGGACACACACCUCUGGAUUAUGCCCGGGACGGGGAGGUCAUGAGCCUCCUGAAAGCUUCAGAGGCUAAGUUCCAGGAGGAGCAGCGCAGGAGGGAGGUGGAGGAGCGGCGGCGGUUCCCGCUGGAGCAGCGGCUGAAGGAGCAGAUCAUCGGGCAGGAGAGCGCCAUCGCCACCGUGGGAGCAGCCAUUCGGAGGAAGGAAAAUGGCUGGUACGACGAGGAGCACCCGCUGGUCUUCCUGUUCUUGGGAUCUUCUGGAAUAGGGAAAACGGAGCUGGCCAAGCAGACAGCCAAGUACAUCCAUAAGGACAUCAAAAAGGGUUUCAUCAGGCUGGACAUGUCAGAGUUCCAGGAGAGGCAUGAGGUGGCCAAGUUCAUUGGCUCUCCCCCCGGCUACGUGGGCCACGAGGAGGGUGGGCAGCUCACCAAGAAGCUGAGGCAGUGUCCCAACGCCGUGGUGCUCUUCGAUGAGGUUGACAAAGCCCACCCUGAUGUCCUCACCAUCAUGCUGCAGCUCUUCGAUGAGGGCAGGCUGACAGAUGGGAAGGGGAAGACCAUUGACUGCAAGGAUGCCAUCUUCAUCAUGACCUCCAACGUGGCCAGCGAGGAGAUCGCCCAGCACGCCCUGCAGCUCCGGCAGGAGGCCCUGGAGAUCAGCAAGAACAGGAUUGCUGAAAACCUGGAGGACGUCCAGAUGACUGACAAGAUCACCAUCUCCAAGCAGUUCAAGGAGAAGGUCAUUCGCCCCAUCUUGAAG